CUCGAGCUACCAACGUUCAUCAAAGAAAAACUUCACUUCUCAAAAAAUGGCAUCUCGUUUGUGUUUAUUUAGUCUCCUCAUCGCAAGUUGUUCACUUGCUAUGGCUUCAGACCCAAGUCCUCUCCAAGAUUUUUGUGUUGCUGCUCCAAAUCCCCGAGUAUUCGUUAAUGGUGAAUUCUGCAAAGAUCCAAAGCUUGUGCAAGCAGAUGAUUUCUUUUUUAGGGGACUCCACCUUAUGGGAGAUACAUCAAAUGCGGUUGGGUCUAAUGUGACUGUCGUAACUGUAGCAGAGUUACCGGGACUCAAUACUUUUGGAAUUUCAAUGGCUCGUAUUGACUUUGCUCCAUGGGGUAUUAACCCUCCCCACACACACCCUAGGGCCACUGAAAUCUUGACGGUCCUAGAAGGCAAUAUUGAAGUCGGUUUUGUGACAUCUAACCCUGAAAACCGUCUUAUCACUAAAGGACUUCAAAAGGGUGAUGUUUUCGUUUUCCCACAAGGUUUGAUUCACUUCCAAAGGAACGUCGGUAAUGGAUAUGCCGUUGCUAUUGCAGCUUUGAGUAGCCAAAAUCCGGGUGCCAUCACCAUUGCAAAUGCAGUGUUUGGUUCUAACCCAGAUAUCGCUAGAGACAUUCUUGCAAAGGCUUUUCAAGUGGACAAGAAUGUUGUUUAUCAAAUUCAAUCAAAAUUCUAGACCCUCACGUGAUCUAAUGUCGGUUUUAUUAACUUAU